AUGCCCCGCGACCAAGGCAAACAGGCCCCGAAACAGAAACGCCCUUAUAGGCCUAGAUUGCGCAUGAGCUGUCUCACCUGCCAAACUCGACGGAUCAAAUACGACGAAGGAAAGCCAGCCUACGCUCGAUGUACGCAGGUCGGGUGGAAAUGUGAGGGCUAUGAAUCUAAGCCAUUGUUCAUCAUACCCUAUGAUCCUCCAACCAAGGCUUCCAUGAUACCCAGAGAAUUGGCCUCGGGUCCUACAGUCAACUCUUCCAUCGAAACACGAGCACUGGAGUUCUUUUUCCACAAGACAGCACCGCAAUUGGCAGGAUAUUUUGAGGGUGCAUUUUUCCAAGGCUGUGUACUCCAAGUUAGUCUCGCAGAGCCUGCGAUUCGUCAAGCAACUGCUGCCAUUGCCGCCAUGCACGAACAGAUGCCGCGUGUAGUGCAGCACGCUAAGCAAAGCCUUGACUUGAAUGUUCCCAUUCAGCUAUAUAACAGAGCCAUCCGUGCAAUCAUAGAAAAAUCGAAGACAGACCCAGACGCGAUACAUCUGAUUGCCAUGGCAAAUAUAUUGUUCAUCUGCUUUGAACUUCUUCAAGGAAGCAUGAAAAUAGCCCAGUCUCAUCUCAGAAAUGGAAUCCAGAUUCUGAUAUCCUGGAACAAAAAGAGCAAAUCCUCCGAUAGCUCCUGUGAUCGAAAGUCUGGUUCUUUUGAAUCCAAUUUUAUGAAGACAAAGGUUGCGCCAUUACUCAACGUCUUUCGCUUCAUUAUUUUAAACAAGGACACUUCAAGGGAUGUCACAUUUCUCCUGAAUCCGAUCAACGACUAUGGCGAUGUGAGCUUAGGUGAGGGAUUCGAUACCAUCCAACAAGCCAGAACUGGGCUCUUGGACGUGAUUACACACGCGAGUAUGCGCUUUGAUAAGAUAAACGAAUGCAACCACAAGCUGCACGCCAAGGAGGAACGUGCUCAAAUCUUGAACAGUGUGGAAAGAAGCCUCGUUCAAUGGGAAGCAAACUGGGAUGACCUAGUCCGUCGACAAAGCUCGUCCUGGGAUUCAAAGCAGAAACAAGCCGUCAAUGCUCUGCGUAUCCUCAGGUUGGACACUAGUUUCGAGACCCGUAGUUACCUAGCUGAUGGCGAAUGCACAUGGGAUGCCGCACGCAGUGAGUAUGAAGAGGCGCUGGGACUGAUCGAAGCCCACAUUUCCGAUGGAGAGCGCGUCCGUGAAGACAGGUUCCGUCCAUUGAGCCUGGAUUUCGGAAUGAUAUAUUGUCACCACACCUUGGCUUGGAAAUGUCGAUGGCCACGACUUCGUCGCCGUGCUCUGGAACUAUUGCGGAGGAUUCAUGGAACCAAGAUGGUCAAAGAAGCAGAGAGGUAUUAUAUGAUUUUCUCUCGCAUUAUGGAGAUCGAAGAGGCAGAUCUUCAUUUCCUGCCGAAUGAAAUUCCAGCGGAAAAUAUCCUUCCCCCUGAAAGUGCUCGGAUUCAUCAUUUCUCUGUGAGGGUGCAAUCGCCUCCGGUUGGGCUUCAUAAUUAUGCAGUGACAUUCUGGAGCAAGCCUCACGGCCUUGAUGGGCCUUGGCAUAGCGUUACCGAACUCAUGCACCUGGGCUCUUGUCAACCCGGUGAAUCUGCCGUCCCUGUGAAUCUGAUAAAUCGAUACUUUACGCAUCCCGAUCGACUGGAGCCAAUAGCAGGUCCGUAG